AUGGAUGUCUCCUUACCAGUAGAUAAACUAUCUAUUGGAUCAAAACCUGAGGACAAAACUUGUGUAGUUCUUGUGGCAACUGGGAGUUUCAAUCCUCCUACUUUCAUGCAUUUACGCAUGUUUGAGCUGGCGAGAGAUGCAUUACAGUCAGAGGGAUUUCAUGUUCUUGGAGGCUAUAUGUCUCCUGUAAAUGAUGCAUACGAGAAGAAGGGUCUUUUAUCAGCAGAGCAUCGUUUAGAGAUGUGUAAUCUAGCCUGCAAGAGCUCCGACUUUGUAAUGGUCGAUCCGUGGGAGGCAUCACAAAACACCUACCAACGAACUUUGGUGGUUUUAUCAAGGGUCAAGACUUUCCUUACAAAAAGCCGACUUGUUCCCGAGGAAUCUCUCAAAGUCAUGCUAUUAUGUGGCUCGGAUUUACUACAGUCUUUCUGCACUCCUGGUGUUUGGAUCCCUGAACAGGUGAGGACUAUUUGUAAAGACUAUGGCAUUGUGUGCAUCCGUAGAGAAGGACAAGACGUUGAAAAUAUGAUAUUUGGUGACAAAAUCUUAUACGAAACCCGUGGUAACAUCAGAAUCGUCAACAAUUUUGUUCCUAAUCAGAUCAGUUCGAGCAGAUUAAGGCAAUGCAUUUCGCGAGGGCUAUCGGUUAAGUACUUGACUGAAGAUGGAGUAAUAGAUUAUAUCAAACUACGUCAACUUUACACUGACCUCACAUGA